GGAGGCACGUGGAGCAAGAAAACACACCAACAAGCACUGAGGACUCGGCCUCCCACUCCUCACUGUGGACAUAACUCGGUGGAUGCACGAAUAGUUCUCCUCUGUGGAAUAACUUCAUGUUUUCAUCAUGUCUCCGGAGGUUUUCAUCCUCGGGUAUACUCAACUAAAAUGGAGGAUAGCUUUGAUUGCGACUGUGGCGAGCUUGAGCCACCUGAUCAUUGAGGGUGAUCUAUUUUAUUAAAGACUUAAAGGCCAGACUCAUUUCAAAUUUAUAGAUCAGGUAACUUGAAAGAAAAAAAAUUAAAGAAUUAAAAGAAGUUGUGCUCUUUGGCACAUUUCAUAUGAAGCUGCUCAGGACCAGUCGUACACUGAAUGUUUUUGCACUGCGAGGAUGUAACUACACGCUUUUAUAGUUUAAUUUGAUCCCAGUCCUUUUUAAUUCCCCCUUCUAAUUGGCUUUAAAGUCCAUUCCAUUGCAUAUAUAAACACUAGUUUACUUGGAGCUGUUCUGUUCAAAAUGGAAAGAAAAACGGAUUACGCAUUCGUGCUGCACAUUUGACAGCGACGGUUAGCCAGGGGGACUUGGUAGUCGUCCAUUUGAGGGUUAGUUAGCUCAUCCUCUGAAGGAAAGGGGACAUUUUUAUACAAACUCCUCAGCGUUAAAGUUGGGCUUCUAAAAGCAAAAUCAGAGUAAGAAGCUGAAAGCCUUCAUAUCAGUCGUAAUGGCAGAAAAGUUUGAGUCCCUGAUGAAUAUCCAUGGCUUUGAUUUGGGUUCUCGCUACAUGGACUUGAAGCCUCUGGGCUAUGGAGGGAAUGGCCUGGUGUUCUCGGCGGUCGACACCGACUGUGACAAGCGUGUGGCCGUGAAGAAAAUCAUCUUGACCGACCCCCAAAGUGUGAAGCACGCUCUGCGGGAGAUCAAGAUUAUACGGCGCCUUGAUCACGACAACAUCGUCAAGGUGUUUGAGACCCUGGGCCCCUGCGGCCGCAGUCUAACAGAAGACGUGGCGUCGUUGACAGAGGUGAACUCUGUCUACAUCGUUCAGGAGUACAUGGAGACGGAUCUCUGUCAGCUGCUGGAGAGGGGCUCUCUGUCUGAGGGCCACGCCAGGCUCUUCAUGUACCAGCUCCUGAGAGGCCUUAAGUACAUCCACUCUGCUAAUGUCCUGCAUCGGGACCUCAAGCCUGCCAACCUGUUUGUCAACACAGAGGACCUGGUACUGAAGAUUGGGGACUUUGGUUUGGCCCGCAUCAUGGAUCCUCACUACUCCCACAAGGGCCACCUCUCUGAAGGUCUUGUCACAAAGUGGUACCGAUCUCCCCGCCUGUUGCUCUCUCCCAACAACUACACCAAAGCUAUCGAUAUGUGGGCUGCUGGCUGCAUCUUCUUCGAAAUGCUCACCGGGAAAACGCUGUUUGCAGGAGCACACGAGUUGGAGCAGAUGCAGCUGAUCCUGGAGUCCAUCCCCGUCCUGCGCGAAGAAGACCGGCAGGAGCUCCACAGUGUCAUCCCCGUCUUCAUCCGCAACGACAUGUCGAAGCCUCACACGCCGCUGGCCAAGCUGCUGCCUGACGUCAGUCCGCAGGCCCUGGAUUUUCUGGAGAAGAUCCUCACCUUUAACCCCAUGGAUCGUCUGACUGCAGAGGAGGCCCUGGCCCACCCCUAUAUGGCCGACUACUCCUUCCCCCUGGACGAGCCCGUCUCUCUGCACCCCUUUCAUAUUGAGGACGAAGUAGAUGACAUCCUGCUCAUGGACCAGAGCCACAGCCAUACCUGGGACAGAUAUCAUGAGAGCCAGUUCUCAGAGGCUGAUUGGCACUUGCACAGCACCCAUGACCCAGAUGAAGUUCAAGUUGACCCCAGGGGCGUCUCUGACGUCACAGAUGAAGAGGAGGUCCAGGUUGAUCCACGUAAAUACACCGAUGGAGACCGGGAGAAGUUCUUGGACGAGCCGUCCUUCGACUACUCAAUCCGACACCCACCGGAGCGAUCGUGGCAGGACGAGCACCAUGAGAACAAGUACUGUGACGUACAGUGUAGCCACACCUGCAACUAUAAGGCCGUGUCGCCGUCAUACCUGGAAAACCUGAUCUGGAGGGACAGCGAAGUCAAUCACUACUAUGAACCCAAGCUCAUCAUCGACCUCUCCAACUGGAAGGAGCAGCAGAGCAAGGAGAAGGCUGACCGCAAGGCCAAGUCCAAGUGUGAGAAGAACGGGCUCGUCAAGGCCCAGAUCGCACUGCAGGAGGCAGAGAAGACCCCAAGUUUUGUAGAGAAGGACAGUAUCCAAGAGAAACAUCAAACAGAAAGGCCUCAGAGUCAGCAGAACCAAGGCUUUGACUUUGACUCUUUCAUCGCCAGCACCAUCAAACUGAGCCUGCAGCCAGAACCGUGUUCAGAGGUGACCCUGCUCAGCGAGGUGGGCCUCCUGAACGAGCUCAACUUUUCCGUCUCCCAGCUGGAGGCUCCGCGCUCCAGCUCCGUGUCAAAGACCAUACGUCAGGAGAAGGAGGAGAAGUGCCUGGUAAACCUUGCCCAGUUAGGCGGAGGAGGCUUUGGGGUCGUCGCUGGAGACUGCGUCUGGCCCGCUAAACCCUGGGAAAACUUGAGCUCUGAGGAACGAGUCGGAGAGCCCGGCUGCUUGAUAGAUGAAGCAUGCUGGGACAUUCGUAACGUGGACCACUUCCAGAAGGAGAGCACCUACACCAGCUAUCUGGACCGCCUGUUCAGCCGGAAGGAGGAGGGCGUGGCCGAGACGGUGGCCAGCUCAGAGGUGGAGUCCUUGGUGGUGAAAGAGCUGGACGACAGCUUCCUGGACAGUAGUGCAGAGAUCGUUCUCAAUAUGCAGCUGGACUCUCUGGCCCUGCCCGGCUUUGACGGCCCCGAUGACUUGCCUCUAAAAUCCAUCCAGGCUUCCCUCACGCCUUGCGCUGUCAAAUGCUCUCCGCAGAUCGCUCACAAAACCUACAGCAGCAUCUUCAAGCAUCUGAAUUAAUGGAAAAUCUGUAUCUUCCCUCAGUGCGUAAUGUAGGCAGUUCUGUUUUUAUUUUUUAUAACAUGGUAUGUUAUUGUACUUGAAUCAUUUCAUACCUUUUUUUAUUGUCGUUACUUUUGUUUCUUGAAAUUGAGAGGUGAUUUGUUCUUUUUUAAGUUUAUUUUUUGUCAUCACUCUGAGCCUUGAUCACCGGGCCUUUGAGUUAUUGUCUACGCCGUCAUCGCUGAAGCUGGUACCUCACUGGGCUGCGACGGUUCCACACGAGUUGGAGUCUUAAAAAGUACCAGAAGUUUACGUUACAGUCUGAUUUGAAUUCUGUGUUUUGGGGUAGCUAGUAUUUAAAAAAUCAGAUUUUAGUGCAUGCCUUAUAAAAACUGUAUUCAAGGCCAUGCGCACGUUGGGAGCCGCUCCACGUUUAUGGUUAAAUCUACAGGAAGUAUGCCUUAAAAUGAACAGGCAGAUUUAAAUGAGUUUUUCCAAAAAUGUCUUAUUUUUGCCUGGAUGUGUGAGAUCUCCCCUGCAGGUGUCAGAAUUCAGAUCUAAGCACUCUUAAAUGCUUUUGGCAAAAUUCAGACGGGUUUAAGACGCCUGUAAAAACUGGAAAGGGUUCAAGUCACCCAUGGUCUCAUUAUUUUAAGUAAAAAUUGUUAUAUUCUUUCAUUUAAAAAAAAUUAAGCGGUAAGAUGGUGAGACUGAGCAAAGACAUUUUUUGGAGACUCCCCCAUGAGAGCUGUUCGCCAACUUGUGUCCCAACAGUCGCAGCCGGGUCAGAUCCACCUGAAACCUUCAUGUCACUCCUGAACGUACUGUAGUUGAAGGCAGGAGGGUUAUUUCAUGUGACAUGACGAGGGAUGGCAGACUAACGACCGAAUGGGCCUUUAAAGUGCUUUCUAACAGCCUUUCCUGGGUUGGAAUAAAAUCUGUCGGGGAAGAAACCGUAGGGGUGGGUAUCCGGGGUUUUGUUGACUUUAAGGUUUUUCCCCAAAGAAAGCUUCCUGAACCCUUUCAUACUGUAAAUCUGACACAUGAUGCCAGCAGCAACCAUUAUCGUUCAAUGUAAAUGUGUUAUCUACCUCAAGGUAACAGCCGUGAGAGACACUCGAAGACACACUAGUGCUUUACGUCCUCGUCCCAUGAAGUGAAGCGGUCUCCGACCACGUCCUCCGUUCAGCAUUUAACAUAGUGAGGUGUUUUCAGUAAUCAUUAUUUAUUUCUAGCAGAUGUGCGAUAUUUAUUUGAUGAACUUGUGUUACGUCGACAUGAUUACCGAAGAGUUGGACAAACUUCAGUUUUCAUCUCGGCACCGUCAGGAUGUUCCUUCGUUUUAAAGAUGCAAAAUUCAUGUUGUGUUGGAGAAGCUUUCCAUUUUUCAUCAGUAUCCAUAUGGGUAUCUUUUUUUUUUUUUUUUUUUUUUUAAUUCUUGGUGGUUUCAGUCUUUAGUGGGAAAACUUCUGUCUGGUUGGACGAAGCGCCGAAAAGUCUUAGUUUUGUUUUUGUUUUUUUUCCAAAGUGAAGCAUGGAGGCGACAGGAAGGUACAUCAGAGUAAUGUUGACUGUAACGUCUGUUUUAAUUGUUUUCUUUUUCAGGCAAGCAUGAUGAAUUAGGUUAAGGUGUAGCAUGUAGAACACUUACAGACUUUUAUUUUGUAAUCAUUGGUUUCUCUGUUCUACAAGAUAUCAAAAUAAAAUUUACUG